AUGAUUGAAAGUUUUGAAGAGAUUUUAAUCAAGUUAGAUGAAUGGACUACUUCAACUGAAGAAUUAUCUAGUGUGAUCGAAGCGUUGGUUUCUAGAUUAAGAGAACCUGUUAAUGGGAUACCAGCAGCUAUACCAUUACUUCAAAACCUUUUAAAACCAUUAUCUCAAAAUAGAGAAAGAACUGGAAUCGAAUCGGUGAUUGGAAAGAUCAGUUCGGUUUGUGGACCUGAAAUCGUUUUCAAAGAAUUACCAUUGAACAUCUUAGAAGAUGAUACGAAUAGUUGGGUAUUAGCUUUAUUAGGUAAACCAGGUUACGUUCUGAAUACAGAAUUAACGCAUUUUGUGGAGGUCUUGGUUCCGUUGAGUGAAGGAUUGUUUGAAAGGAGAAGGAACGCUUUGAAAGAAGAAAUGGUCCUAGAAGCUAAGAAAUGUGAGAUUCUCGUCAAUCAGAUUUGGUCCCUUUUACCUGGUUAUUGUGAUUUACCUAGAGAUCUUUUGAAGGCUUUCACUAAACCAUUUGCAGAGCUUUUAUCACAAAUUCUAUACACCCAACCAAGCCUAAGAUCUUCAGUGCUUCGAGCCUUACGAAACUUGGUAGACCGAAACUUAUCAUUGUCUAAACCAGUACCUGAACCAGCUGAUCUACAAUUAAUUAGAAACUUUGGAAUCUCAUCUAAAGAUGCACAAGAAAAUAUUCAACAUUUGUCUAGUUUAGCUUCUAAUAUGUCAAAAGUGAUGUUUAAUUUACUUUCUAAACUUGAAAGAAAAGAUCCGGUUAGAAGUUUAUUGGUGGAAACUAUUGGAUCUUGGAUUAAAGUUUUAUCUGAAAAUGAUUUUAGUCAGAUUUGGUCAAUGAUUAGUUCAAGUUUAAAAAGAUCUUCAACUCAAUCUCAAGACCCCAACAACAAACUACCCACAACACUAGAGAUCAUGUUAGACAUUUAUUCGAUCCUUUUACCCAGAUUACCUAGCCCGAUUGCGGUUGAAUCUUUAGAGUUUAUUGGGUCUGAUACGUUCUUGAUGGGAUUCGCUCAGAAAAAAGCUUAUAGGAUUUUAUGUUUGGCAAUCGAGUUUGGUAAAUUCAGUCAAGAUGGAAUCGAAGGUUUGAUGAAGAGAGUGGUUUUGAUUGGGAGAGAUCAUUCUAAAGAAAUCUCAGGUGGUGCUAAACCUAUCAAUUCGAAUCGAUUUGACUUGAUGGUUUUGAUGAUUUCAGAAGUAGUUUUAGGUUGUAAAGAAACUAAUUCAGAGACUCGUGAGAUCGCUUACAAGACAUUGGUUAGGAUGGGAAACCGAAUGAAAGAUGAACCGCAUGCGAUCAUCAACCAGAAAUUACUUGAAGAUGAGAAUGAUAUGGGAGAAGCAGUGGUGGUGAAAGCUUCGAUUGAUGAGUUUUUGAAAAUCGUUAGUGCUGGACUUGCUGGUGGUUCUCCUCAUAUGAUUGCUGCUACUAUGAUGGCUUUAUCAAGAGUGAUCUUUGAAUUCCAUAAUGAUUUAUCAAAUGAUUCAAUUCAAGAAAUCUUGAGGAUCGUUUUAAUUUUUUUAAAUUCAUCAAACAAUCGAGAAAUCAUAAAAACUACCAUCUCAUUAAUCAAAGUGUGUAUAAUCUGUUUACCUACUUUAACCAUCAAAGAAAACCUAAAUUCGAUCGUCAAAGGUUUGAUUAAAUGGGGAGAUGAACAUAAAAAUGAGAUUAAAAAGAAUGUGAAAUUCUUAUUAGAAAGAUUAAUUAAGAAGUUUGAAUUUAAUUUAUUGAUUAAAGCUUUAGAAUCUUCUAAUGGAGAUGAAGAUGAAGAUGAAGGUGAAGGAAUUGAUCUAGAGGGUGGUAAGAAGUUGUUGGGGUCUGUUAAGAAGAAUUAUGAGAGGGAGAAAAAGAAGAAGAAAGAAAGUGUUAAGAGAAGGAAGGAAAGAGAAUUGAAUGGAGAUGAAAUGGAUGAAGAUGAUGAUGAAGAUGAAGAUGAAGAAAAAGUUGGAGGAGGUGUGGUUAAGAAGAACUUGAAUGAUGCAUAUGAACAAGCUUUGUAUGGUAGUGAUGAUAGUGAUAGUGAAGAUGAAGAUCAACAAAAGAAAGGAAAAGGAAAAGGAAAACAACAACCUAAAGGGAUUGAAAUGAUGAUUGAUGAAGGUGAAGAUGAAGUGAUUGAUUUAUUAGAUCCUACCAGGAUCACUAAAAGAGCUAUUGCUGGAAAAUUAGCUAAACUUGAAAAAAGGAAAAAUCAAUUAUCGAAUCAUGCAAAGAAAUUUGAAAAAGAUACUGAAAGUGGAAAAAUGAAAAUAGAAGAAGAAGUAGAAGUCGAAGAAACCAAGAAAAGUAAAAGUAAAAAAGUAGAAGAAAACGAAGGGUUUAAUGCUUAUUUAGAAGCCAUUGAAGGAGAAGAUGGAAUGUAUAGAGAUGAGAAAGGUAAAAUGAAAUUCAAAAAACCUAGUGAUUCAAAACGAAGAUUAGAUGAUUUAUCAGAUGUAGAAAAUGAAGAGAAUUUAAAGGAUUUGGUGAAUGGAUUGGAUUUGAACUCUAAGAAUAAGAAAAAGAAAGCUAAAAAAGAAAAAUUAGGUGCUGAAUUCAAAUCAAAGAAGGCUGGAGGUGAUAUGAUUCAAAAGAAAGGUGUUUCACCUUUUGCUUAUUUACCUAUGAAUGAUGUAAGUGGUAAAAAAGGAAAGAAGAAAAAGGGAGAAAUCGAUAUUACUGGUAAGAAACGUGGAUCUGCUUCUAAGUAG